AUGGCGAAACCUGUCGCCCUCGUCAUCGGAGCAUCGCGAGGCAUCGGCCGGCAGGUGGCCAUCGACCUGGCCAAGAAUGGCUAUGCUGUCGUCGUCGCCGCAAAGUCCACGUCGGACGCCAGCAAAACCGUCCCCUUCCCGCCCGACCCCAACUCGCCGCAAUCGACCAUCAACACGGUCGAGCGCGAGAUCCGCGAGGCCGGAGGCGAGGCUACCGCCAUCCCUGUCGACACGCGCUAUGUCGACCAGAUCAACCGGCUUGUUGACGAGACGGUCCGCAUCUACGGCAAGCUCGAUGUCCUCAUCUACAACUCGGGCGCCAUCUGGUGGGCCUCGGUCGAGAACACGCCCGUCAAGCGGUUCCAGCUGAUGCAGAAGAUCAACCCGGAGGGCCUGUAUGCCGCUGUCCAGGCUGCCUUGCCGCACUUUGGCCGGAACGGCUGGAAGGGCCGCAUCAUCGUUGUGUCUCCGCCAAUUUAUUCCCGGUUUUUCCGUGGGAAGACGGCGUAUGCGAUGGGAAAGGUGGCGAUGAGCGUCCUGACAAAGGGCCUGGCCAUGGACUUUGUCCGCCAGAACCGCAAAGACAUGGCCAUCACCAGCAUCUGGCCAGCAGCCUCAAUCGAAUCCGCGGCAACAGAGCAAACCACCGCAGCGGAUCCUUCCACGAAAAAGGACCUCCGCAAACCGACCAUCUUCUCCGACGCCAUCCUGGCCAUGCUCCGUGCCCCGGCAGAGUCUGUCAAUGGUCUCCUGGACCUGGACGAGGACUUUCUCCGUAACCGCUGCGGCGUGACGGAUUUUUCGAAAUACUCCGUCGUGCCCGGCGCCACACCCCGGCGGAUCAUGCCGGCCAAGUUUCCCGUGUUAGAGGUUGCCGAACAGGAUGAUGAAGGGCAGAGGCUGGAUAGCACCCAGCUUCGGAAGUCGAAGAUCUAG